GCGGAGAUACAACUUCCUCAACAAUGGCGGAAUCCAGUGGCAUCGCGAGUAUGCGGAUGGCUGAUAACAGCAACAGCAAGGUGAUGAAGACGAUGAUCGUCUUCAGCAUAGGAAUGAUCACCUGCCCAAUCUUCUCAUAUUUCUUCAGUAAAUCAGUUAUAUUUGAAGGUGCAUUUGGGAUGCGUCACGAGAGCAGCUACUUCUACGCUGCAAUAGUCUCCAUCGUUGUGGUGCACAUCAUCCUCUUCAUGUUUAUAUAUGUAGCAUGGACAGAAGACGCCAAGCCACUACCACCCUUCAAGAGAGAAUAACAGACAGUUCUCCUGUGUACAUAUUUGGAUAUCUUUUAGGGAUUUGCAUCUUGUACUUUGUAAAUGACCCAGUAUUGAUACAUGGGUGGGAAUACAUCUUUCAUUUGGUGUAAUGUCAAUGAGUGAAUGGCUUUAUUUACCAAAAUAUUUAUGUUUCAUUUUUUGAAAUUUGUACCAUUUCUCAUCAUACAUGUAUAUGGAGAUGAAUUAACUGUUGGCUAUAUGGAUGAUUUAGGAAUUCAUUUCUCAUGUUUCAUUUAAUACUGAGAACAAUAUGGCAGAUGAGAGUUAAUGAUGUUCAUAAUGACUAUAGUAACUAUAAUGUAUGACCGGUAAAGUAACACAUUGAAGUCAUAAUCUGUAAUAAUAUUUGGUAGGAAUUACCCAAACUUAAAAAAUAUUAUUGUUUGAGAGAUAUCUGAUCAUAUUGCUAUCAUGUCGAACAUGUCAAGAUGAAAUAGAUGUCAGACUGAAAAAAAUCUAGGGGGUAUUGUUACAUUUAACAAUUACUUUAAUUACAAGCCCUUUAUAUUUGUUUCAAGAAUUGGGUACAAUGAAUAUUAUCAUGCGUCCCUCGGAAUGAAAUAUUGUUUUAUUUCUGCGUCCAUUCUAUACAUUUGCGCUUACUAGACACACACUGCUGUGCAUCAUACAAAUGUAUAAUAGUUAUACCUCUGAGUCUGAGACCAGUUAUUGAUACAGGCAUUGUCAGAAAUAUACAACCAACUGAUAAUCACUUGUUUAACUUGUGUUGAAAAGUAAAAGUGCAAUAUGCAAAAGAUGAUUUUUUU